AGUCUUAAAACUCACCCUCUUUGGUUCCCCUCUGCUUUUGCUUCGAAUUCCAAUCGACUCCUCGCCCUCGCAACCCCGAGCGGCACCUCCCCUCCCAAAACCCUAGCCCCCUCCCUCCCGAGCGCAGCUCCCCCCCCCCCCCCCGGGCCAAUGGACGCCGGUGGCUUCAUGGGACCGCCGCCGGUCCCCCGCACAGCGGAGGACGUCUUCCGUGACUUCCGCGCGCGGCGGGCCGGCCUGAUCAGGGCCCUCACCACCGAUGUGGAGAAGUUCUACGUGAUGUGCGACCCAGAGAAGGAGAACCUGUGUCUGUAUGGACUUCCCAAUGAGACAUGGGAGGUGAAUUUGCCUGCAGAGGAGGUCCCUCCUGAACUCCCAGAGCCAGCUCUGGGAAUUAAUUUUGCUCGGGAUGGGAUGAACGAAAAAGAUUGGUUGGCACUUGUUGCAGUGCAUAGUGAUUCCUGGCUAUUGUCCGUUGCAUUUUAUUUUGGAGCAAGGUUUGGGUUUGACAAGGAAUCCAGAAGACGGCUUUUCAACAUGAUCAAUAACCUUCCCACCAUAUAUGAGGUUGUCACAGGUACUGCCAAGAAAGAGCCCAAAGAAAAAACUCCAAAGAGCAACAGUAAAAGUAACAAAUCUGGCUCGAAGCCCUCACGCCAACCAGAACCCAACUCAAGGGGCGCGAAGAUGCCACCUCCAAAGGAUGAGGAAGAGAGUGAAGGGGAGGAAGGGGAACAGCAGGAAGAUCAUGAGAGUGCGCUGUGCGGUGCGUGUGGUCAAAAUUAUGGACAAGACGAGUUCUGGAUCUGCUGCGACUUAUGUGAGAAAUGGUUCCACGGUAAGUGCGUAAAGAUCACUCCAGCCAAGGCGGAGCACAUCAAGCAAUACAAGUGCCCCUCGUGUAGCACAAGCAGCAAGAGAGCCAAAGCAUGAGUCUAGGAGAUUUGAUGGCUGAUGCUCCAAGAACUAAGGAGCGCUGACAGUGUUGUAAAGAAACAACCAUUGGGGAUGUAGCGCUGAUUAGCUGUUGCACCAAGUUAUCUCUCUCAGGUUAGGACAAGUAUAAGAUUUGAAUACCUCGUUUUGGUAUUGUUGGUGGUUGGUGCUUGAGGAUGCCUCCAGUUGUAGAGUCAGUAGUUCCAACUACUGACUAACCGUAGUGUGUGUGACCUCAAGCCCUAAUGCUCUGUACUCUACUGGAUUGUCUGCUUUAGAUUCCAACUGUGUAAUGUGUGACCAUGCAGGAAUUAAGUUAAGUUCUUGUCA